AUGGCGUCGGGCUCGCUGUCGCACGCCAAGGGGCGCGAGGGCAAGUCGAUCGAGCAGAUCUACCAGAAGAAGACCCAACUGGAGCACAUUCUGCUGAGGCCGGACACAUACGUCGGCUCGGUAGAGGCGCAGUCUCAGGAGCUCUGGGUCUUCGACUCUGUCCAGAGCCGCAUGGUGUACAGAAAGAUUUCUUACGUCCCUGCGAUGUACAAGAUCUUCGACGAGAUCCUCGUGAACGCGGCCGACAAUUAUAUGCGCGACCCCCUCAACAUGGACGCAAUCAAGGUGGACAUCGACCAGGCAGCAGGCACCAUUGCAGUGUGGAACAACGGCAAGGGUUUGCCCGUGGUUAUGCACAAGGAACAGAAGGUGUAUGUGCCCGAGAUGGUGUUCGGCAUGCUCCUAACAAGUGACAAUUACCAGGACUCAGAUUGCAAAGUGGUUGGCGGUCGCAAUGGUUAUGGCGCCAAACUAGCCAACGUCUUCUCCACCAUGUUCGAGGUGGAAACAUCUGACGGGCAGAACAGGUACACGCAGACUUGGCAUAGCAACAUGGGCAAGAAGGGCACGCCGAAGAUAGUCAAGUGCAAGGAGAAGUCAUACACCAAAGUGACCUUCAAACCAGACCUUGCCAAGUUCGGGAUGACAGCGCUGGAUGACGACACCGUGAGCCUGCUCACCAAGCGUGUCUACGACAUCGCGGGCUCCACGAAUGAGAAGUGCACGGUGACCCUGAAUGGGGAGAAGCUCGACAUCAGGCAUUUUCGUGACUAUACCGACCUUUACUUGCUCACUCGGCAAGGCGUGCCGCAUGUCUUCGAGAGGUGUUCGGACAGGUGGGAGGUAUGUUUUUCCCUCACUGAAAGCGGGUUCAAUCAGGUGAGCUUUAACGGGGGUCGGCGUAUUUGCACGAUUCGCGGUGGCACCCACGUGACGCACGUGGCGGACCAGAUAGUGGAGGCUAUCAUAGAGAAGGUGAAGCAGCAGAGCAAGGACAAGGUGAAGGGCGGCUUGGACAUCAAGCCCAACCACGUGAAGAACCACAUGUGGAUCUUCGUCAGGUCCUUGAUCGAGAACCCAGCGUUCGACUCUCAGACGAAGGAGACGCUGAUGACCAAGGUGUCCAAGUUCGGCUCGAAGUGCGAGCUCUCCGACAAGUUCCUGGAAGAGGUCGCAAACUGUGGGGUGGUGGACAUGAUCCUGAUGGCCGCCAUGGCGAAGACAAAAAUGGCUCUCGGCAAGCAGCUCAAGGCCAACACGGGCAAGGUUCUGAGGCUCACCGACAUCCCGAAGCUCGAAGACGCCAACGACGCGGGCGGGAAGAAUUCGGCCGAGUGCACCCUCAUCCUGACGGAGGGCGACUCUGCGAAGGCUCUCGCUGUCGCCGGGCUCAGCGUCAUCGGGCGGGACAAGUACGGCGUUUUCCCGCUGCGCGGGAAGCUGCUGAACGUGCGUGACGCAACGCUGAAGCAGAUGAUGGACAACGAGGAGAUCCAGAACAUCAUUAAGAUUGUCGGGCUCGACUUCAACCGCGAGUACGAUGCCGAGCUCAAAGGCCUGCGGUACGGCUCCAUCAUGAUCAUGGCCGACCAGGAUCACGACGGCUCGCACAUCAAGGGCCUGCUCAUAAAUCUUGUCCACGCCUGGUGGCCUUCCCUGGCAAAGCUUCCCGGGUUCCUGAAGGAAUUCUUCACGCCGAUCGUCAAGGUGAAGAAGGGCAAGGAGACUAAGAGCUUCUACACCAUCCCUGAGUACGAGGCCUGGAAGCAAAGCACCGAGAAUGGCAAGGGCUACAACAUCAAAUACUACAAGGGUCUGGGUACCAGCAAUGCAAAGGAGGCUAAAGAGUAUUUCAGCCAGCUCGAGACCCACAAGAUGAGCUACACGUAUGGCGAUCAGAACGACGAUAAGGCAAUCGACAUGGCGUUCAACAAGAAGCGUGCUGACGACAGGAAGGAGUGGAUCAACUCCUACAAAGAGGGCGAUCUUGUAGACCAUACCAAGUCUGAGGUCAGCUAUACGGAUUUUAUCAACAAAGAGCUGGUGCUGUUCUCCAAAGCGAAUGUCGUGCGAGCCAUUCCCUCCGUGGUCGACGGUUUCAAGCCGAGCCAGCGGAAGGUACUCUUCGGCUGCUUCAAACGCAAGCUGAAGAACGACGCCAAGGUCGCACAGCUUGUAGGCUACGUCUCUGAGCACGACUUCGUCGGCUCCAACAACGUCAACCUGCUGAUCCCGCAGGGGCAGUUCGGCACGCGCCUCCAGGGCGGCAAGGACGCGGCGUCGGCGCGCUACAUCUACACGCGCCUGGCGCCGUGGACGAGGACGAUAUUCAAAGAGGCGGACGACCCGGUGCUGAACUACCUCCAGGAGGACGGCCUCUCCAUAGAGCCGAGCUGGUACUGCCCAGUGCUGCCCAUGGUCCUCGUCAAUGGCGCGGACGGGAUCGGCACUGGUUGGGCCACCUGCGUGCCAAAUUUCAACCCGAUGGAUAUCAUCAACAACCUACGUCGGUGGAUAAAGGGCCAGAAGAUGGAGAGCAUGAAACCGUGGUAUGCGGGUUUCAAAGGAACAAUCGGCUCGCCGACCAGCGAGGGACGUUGCGAGGUCACCGGCACAGUCACCAUGACUGGCGACAAGAACGCCUCCAUCACGGAGCUGCCUGUGAGGAAGUGGACGCAGGAUUAUCGCGAGUUCUUAGAGGAGAACUUGCCCAGGGGCGAGAAGAAGAAAGACGGCGCGAAGCUGUUCGAGGACUUCUCCGAGUACCACACCGAGAAGACGAUCCACUUCGAUGUGGUGCUUGGGCCGCAGGGGUUGGAGAAGACCAAGCAGCCUCAGCUCGAGUCCAUGUUUAGAUUGAAGUCUUCUGUGCCGAUCUCCAACAUGGUGCUCUUCGACGCCGAGGGCAGGAUCAAGAAGUACGACGACCCUCUGGACAUCAUCUCAGACUUUGCCACGCUGCGCCUGUCCGUGUACGAAAAGAGGAAGGCGCAUCAGGUCGGCAAGCUCAUGCGCGAGAGUGAGAUACUGAGCGCAAAGGCCCGGUUCAUCAAGCUGGUGAUCACGGGGCAGCUGGUCAUCAAGAAGAGGAAGAUCAACGACCUCGUCCAGGACAUCCGGAGCCGCGGCUUUAAGCCAGUGAACGAGAUGAAGGGGCUGGCCUUGGGCAAGGAGGAAGCCAACGACGGCGAGGACGCAGAGGGUGACGACGAGGAUGCUGAGGAGGGCGCUGGCGACGGUAGCGACGAGGAGGCGGGCGAAGGCGGCACGAGCAGUAGCAGCGCCGCGCGCGCGGCGACGGCCAAAGGCAUCAAAGACUUCGAGUACUUGGUCGGAAUGCCGAUCUCGACGCUCACGGCCGAGAAAAUCGAGGAGCUCAUGAAGCAGCACGAGGCCAAGGUGUCGGAGCUGGAGGCGCUCAAGAAGAAGAAGCCGCCGCAGCUCUGGCUCGAGGACCUCGACGAGGUCGAGCGGGCGCUGGCCGAGAGGGACGCCGUCCGGGCAAAGGAGGACAAGCUGGAGCAGGCCCCGCCCUUGCCCCCCGAGCUGCGACAGGACUCUGGACCCAUGGACUUGUCAGGACUGGCUGAGGCCCUGGACUGUGAUUUCAGUGACAAUGUCUGGGAGCUGCUUUUGGCUUUCCUGGGGGCCUUUGCGUGGGCCUCCGGAGACCUCUGCGUGGGCCUCCGAGGACCUCUGCGGGGACCUCCCGAGAUCGACGGUCGAUGA